AUGAACAAGGUGUUUGACACCAUCCGGCGCAAGGGAACAAGCGGCAACGAUUCAGAACCACAGAAAGACAGUCCCGAGGGCAUUGCGGUGCAAUGUGUGAAAGCAUUCUGCGAAUCGGGCGGUUCAAACGGGACGGGCGAUGAGGUCACCUAUCUGCCCUCUAUUGUUGAUGCAGCCGAGUCUUCGCCGCAAGCUGCUGCCGAAUGCGCAAAACUUAUCAGAAAGUAUCUGAAGAGGGACUACUGGUCCAAGCCGUCGUACCAGUACAAUGCCAUUAUGCUGAUGCGCAUCCUUGCCGACAACCCGGGCCCGACUUUCACAAGGAACAUGGACCAAAAGUUUGUGGACACGACAAAGGAGGUAUUGAGGAGCGCCCCCGAUCUGAGCGUCCUGCAAAUGCUCAUGGAGACAUUGAACUCGUACGAGAACCACAAGUCAUAUGACGAAGGAUUGGCGCUGCUCCUGGAGAUGUGGAGGAAGGAGAAAGAGAGGGCACAAAAACAUGGGGGGCGACAACCUCAGCCUCCGCCUCAAACGUAUAGUGGCCCACCGCCGGUCAACCCUCAGGCAGACAACUUUCACUCCCAAAACUACUUUUCACGCAAUCACACCAACAGCCGCCUACCCGAUCCCGUCGAACUGGCAAGUCGCUUGGAGGAAGCCAGGACGUCGGCGAAGCUACUGCAAGAAGUCGUCACAAACACGCCGACGAGCGAGGUUCUCAACAAUGACUUUAUGAAGGAGUUUGCAGACCGCUGCACAAGUGCCAGUAGAAGCAUACAAGGCUACAUGACGGCUGAGAAUCCUGCGCCGGAUAACGAUACCAUGGAGAGCUUGAUCGAUACGAAUGAACACUUACAAGCAGCGCUCAGCUUGCACCAGCGGGCCAUGCUGCAAGCCAGGAAGCAGGCCGGUAUUGGCGCAGCAAAUGAGCCUAAUGCCAUACCCGCGCUUGCGCCUGACCACAUGACCGCUCCCGUAUCUAAUGGUGCUGGAUCUUCGAGGCGCCCUUCGCCCCAUCCUACCAUGGAUGACUCUGACGAGUAUGAAGCACCUUCGAUGCCUCCACCCAAGAGAAAAGGAAAGGGGAAGGAAGUAGAUUACGAUAGUGUUGCCUCAGCCUCGGCGUCGGCUUCAAGGUCGCACACACCACCCGCUGAAGAUGACCCCUUUAGAGACCCUGUACCCGAGAGGUCAGGGGCUCAUGCUGGGGGCUCGGGGGCUGGUGGGUCGAGAUAUUUGGACGACGAGCCAAGGCUUGCGUACGAACCAUUCAAUCCCGGUUUCACUACCACACAGAGCUAUCUGGGACGACAAGAGAGUGCCAUAGGAAAAGAGGCCAUGCAUGGUGCCACAGCUGGUGGCGGACACUCUUCUGGCACGGCAAAACUGUCACGCGUAGACAGUACCGAGGGGGAGGAGGGGAUUUAUGACGUGUCGCCUCAGAGGAGCAAAGACCCCGUCUAUAGAUACUAG